UGAUUGUUUUUGGUUUUUUGUUUCGUCAGCCCGCAGAAUAAUAAGCCGUGGUUUUUAUCAAUUCUGUCGCACGUUUCAGAGAACGACCGUCGUCAGUAAUGCAUUUACACCCCCGUCGAAGGGACACCUUUGCUAGUAGAAAAAGAAAAGAGCCAAGUCAACAAGCACGGGAAAAGAUCAACAAAUUACGGCAUGUCGAAGUCGAGACGGAAAUUGUUUUUCGUUUUUAACUCCUUCGCUGCCUUCCUCGUCCUACAAUUCUGUUGGGCAAUUUGCGUCGCACCGGCUAAUGCACACAACGUCGUCAGCAAGAUCGGAUCAACGGAACUCUUGCAUGACAACCCAUUAAUUUUUGUGUCUACCCUUGGUGGAUCAUUAAUUGCUGUCGAGCAAAAGACCGGUGAUGUGCGGUGGAAAAUUUUAAACGAUCCUGCAGUGAAAGUUCCUGUGGAUAAGGAAAAAGCAAUAGCUUCGCCAUUGUUUCUGCCUGAUCCUAAGGAUGGCUCUUUGUACAUGCUGGGAACCGGAAUUGGUGGCUACGAGUCAGCAUUGAAGAAGUUACCAUUUACGAUUCCUCAACUUGUUGCUUCUUCGCCCUGCAGAAGCACAGAUGGCAUUCUUUAUACGGGACGCAAAGUGGCCUCUUGGAUGGCUGUCGAUGCUGACACCGGUCGAAAGCACCAAGUCAUCGGUCACGGCCAAGAUAGCAUCGACGUCUGUCCCGCUGAUGGCGCCAGGACUAUCUACAUUGGAAGAACUGAAUACAGCAUUGCCAUGUUUGACAGCAUCAAGAAGGAAAAAAGGUGGAAUGUGACCUUUUUUGACUACACAGCUGGAAAUCUUGAUGCAGCUGAUCUUGAAAAUUACGAAUUUGCUCAUUUUGCCACAAACUCCGGGGGAAGAGUCGUGACCCUUGAAAGGGACUCUGGUCGAACUCUUUGGGAAAAUGAAUUUGAAUCUCCUGUGAUUGCAAUGUACUUACUUCAGGACGACUCUUUGUUCACAAUUCCGUUUACAACUGUCGGUGUUGAUACGUUGAAAACUCUUCAGUCUGGACUUACUGGGACUGACACAAAAUUACUGCCAUCCCUGUAUGUAGGACAGUUUCCGUACGGCUUGUAUGCCCUGCCUUCUCUCAUUGACAAUUCAAGAACUCCAACCUUGGCCGCACCUCCGAAAAUUCUUUUAAUCGAGGGUCCCAAACAUAAUUCUAGCUACGAGCCGGACGUAAAUGACUACAGAAGUGACGAGGGUGAACGUCCACCAAGUGGAAAAACUCCCAACUCCAACCCAUUUGAGAUUUUGUUGGGCCACUAUCAACUUCCAGAAUACAGCAAAACACAAUUGCAAAUCACUGGAAAAAGCAAGGAUCCUGUUUUAAGUCACCCUGACGACUUCAUCAUUAGGCCGAACGGGCCUCAAGCUGCUGAACGGGUUUCAAUUUCGAUACAAACCGAUUCUGAUGAUGCCCUGCGCUUACUGACUGAGCUGAAAAUGAUCUGGGGCAACAUCACAAACGGAAACAUUUCCGCCAACAUAAUCUCCAGAAUUGUUAAUCUUAGCUCAACAACCGCUUCACAAUUUGUGCAACGACAGGGGUUUAUGACUUUCAUCAUAUUAGUUUUGUCUGUAUUCGUCAUUAUUAUACUUUUCAUGGUUUGGUCACUUUAUAAAAGAAUGAGAGACAUCCAAGAACAGCAGCUGUCCAAUCAACAGUUUUCGACUGGGAGCAGAGGAAGUAAAACGUCCCAAGAGUCUGAGUCAGACCCUCUCCUUGAUGAGCAGGAUGGUUCUAUUGUCAGGAUUGGCAAAAUUGAGCUGAUCCCAAAUCAGGUUCUUGGUAGAGGUUGUGAGGGAACUUUUGUCUUUCACGGCAGAUUUGAAGGCCGACCUGUUGCUGUGAAACGAUUAUUGCCCGAGUGUUUCACAGUUGCGGAUCGGGAGGUUGAUCUUUUAAGAGAAUCGGACGAGCACCCUAAUGUGAUAAGGUAUUUCUGCACGGAGAAAGACCGACAGUUUAGAUAUAUUGCUUUGGAGCUUUGCAAAGCCACACUUGAAGAUUUUGUUUUGGGAAAGUUUAAUUAUGGAGUGAAAAUUUCCGAAGCUGAUGUGCUGCUUCAAGCAACUUCCGGCCUAGCUCACUUACAUUCCUUAGAUAUAGUUCACAGAGACAUCAAGCCACACAACGUCCUUUUGUCAUAUCCAAAUGCAAAGGGAGAAAUCAAAGCUAUGAUAUCAGACUUUGGUCUUUGCAAAAAGCUGCAGAGGGGCCGACAUUCCUUUUCGCACAGGUCGGGGAUAGCGGGUACUGACGGGUGGAUUGCGCCCGAAAUGAUAAAUCCAGAAAAGUCAGCGACUUGCUCGGUUGACAUUUUCUCUAUGGGAUGUGUAUUUUAUUAUGUCCUGUCAAAAGGCAAACAUCCCUUUGGUGAUACUUUGCGCCGACAAGCAAACAUUUUAUGUGGAGAAGCAAAACUGGAGGUGCUGGAAGACAAAGAAUUUUCUAUUGCAUUUAACCUUGUUGAGGCCAUGAUCGCAAUCGAUCCGACGAGAAGACCAACUGCAAGUGCUGUGAUAAAACACCCAUUUUUCUGGGAUGCAGCAAAACGCUUGACAUUCUUACAAGAUGUCAGCGAUAGAGUUGAGUCUGACGAAUUUGAGAGUCCAGUUCUGCAAGCUCUGGAGACUAAGAAUUGGGUGGUGGUUCAAAGAGACUGGAGGAAGCACGUCGGAGAAGAAAUUGCUGCUGAUUUGAGGAAAUACAGAAAUUACAGAGGCAGCAGUGUUCGAGACCUGUUACGAGCUUUGAGAAACAAAAAACAUCACUAUCGAGAUUUAGCUGAGGAAGCUAAAAAGGUGUUAGGAACAGUUCCGAAGGAGUUCCUGGAGUAUUUUACAAAGAGAUUCCCUCUUUUGUUUAUCCACACAUGGCUGGCCAUGGAAUGUGUUCGACAGGAGCCAGGAAUGCAUGAUUACUACGACGAAUCUUACGUUUUUCCUCAAAAUAUUUCGGCAUUAGUGAGUGCUGUGGACGAGCCUGCCGACAGACACGACAAUGCAAGUAUGACAAACUCUCCCAAAGAUUGGAACUCUGCGUGGGCCACUCCUGUCAAGAAAAACAACAAGAAGAGAUCAUCACCACAUCCAGCCUGGAGUCUGAAUUGGCGUCAAACGCAACAGAAUAAUGAUGGAAACAACAAAGAAAAUUUAGAAGCUUCCACGGAUGCAGCAGAAGCAUAAAUUUUAGCAAUAUUGAAAACAAGUAUUUUUGUAAAUAUCUUUAUUCCUCAUAAUUGUAAUGAAAAAUUUUGUGAUGUGAUUUACACUUUAUUUCUGUUAAAAUUCCACUCUUCACCUUUGAAUUUGUUAUGAAUUGACUUAAAAAAAAUAAACAAAGUUUUUCUUAGC